AUGGAGCCACCGGCAGAGGGGCAGACCGAGACCUUCAGCUAUGUGGUCUGGGUGCCCGGCGCCAAUGGGGCCAACAUCAUGGACGUGAAGGUGAAGAUCGACACGCGCUGGGUCUUCCAGGAGGGCCAGGAGGAGCUGCCCGUGGACACGCCCAGGGGGCCACAGUCCGACCUGCAGAGCAGGGUCCGGGAGCUGGAGCGGUCGGAGGUGAGGCUCGUGAAGCGGGUGGAGCGGCUGAGCGCCCGCCUGGCCCAGGAGAGAAGCCACGCGCUGCGGGCCCAGGAGCAGCUGCGCACCCUGCGGGGGGCCCUCGCCCGCCAGGUGCGGGAGCAGGAGCGCGCGGCGCAGCGGCGGGAGCGGCUGCGGGAGCUGGUGCGGCGCCAGGACGCGGCGCUGGGGCAGCAGGCGGCGGCCCUGGAGCGCGGCGCGCGGACGCAGCGUCACCAGCUGGGCCUGGCGCGCCGGCAAGAGCGCGCGCUGCGGGCGCAGGUGCAGCGGUUGCAGAGCGACGUGCGGCGCCUCUGCUGCGCCGCGGGUCUCCUGCUGGCCGAGUUGGACGCCCCGGGGCCCCUGGCGCCCACUGGCCACGGCCUGGGACAGCCCGCGCACGCCCGGAGCGCCUCUCCCGAGGCGAGGGCCGGGCCCGGGGCACGCUGGCUGCGGGAGCGGGAGCGGGAAGGACGCGCCGGCUGGCAGCUCUGCGGGCAGCUGGAACGGCUGCAGCUAUCGGACACCCGCCUGCCGAGUCUGCAGGACGAGCGCAGCGCGACCCCCGAGGGCCACUGCCGCAGGGGAGUGAACACAGCGGCUGCGUCACCCUCGGAAGGCGGCAGGGUGGCCGCCCAGGAGCUGGACCCACAGGGCCUCGAGAGCCACAGGAGCCUCCAGUUGGUGGAAGGGGUGUCAGCCUGGGCCCCCAGCUGGGCGCCAUCCCCAGCCCCUGCCAGCCCCCCGCGCCCAGCCCAGGACACCUCCAAUGAGUUUGCAGAGCUGGAAGCCUGCUUCCGGCAGCUGUGGGAGUGGUGGCGAGGGAAGGGAGACAUUCCAGGAGGGGCUUCCUCGGAGUGCCGGGAUUCUGCCCCAGGACAGCCGGGCUGCCAGGACUGCGCAUGGCUGACCCAGGCCCGGGAAGCAACCUUGCGGUGGAGGAGCUCAGGGGUCCAGCAGGGAGAGACAGAGACCCUGGGAACCGGCCAAGUGCUUCCAGAGCCGGGGCCCCUGGGUGGCUUCUGUGAGCUGGGCCCAAGCCGGCUGUCCCCUCUGCCCACCGCCCUGGCGAGGCUCAGGACACGGUUCCACGAGCUUGUGUCUGCGCUGAAGACAGAGCAGAGCAACCUCUGGCAGGAGAACACGCAGCUUCGGAGAGCCCGGGAGAGAAGCCUCCAGAAGCUGCGCAUGCUGGAGCAGGAGAGGGAGAGUGCUGCCGCGGCGGCGGAGGGUGCGCUGGGCAGCUGCAGGCGGGAGCUGGCCCAGGCCCUGCAGGCCGUGUCCGACCUGGAGGACUGCAGCCAGAGGAGCUACCGCAGGAUCACGCAGCUGGAGGUGGCGGGCGAGCGGCUGCGCCGGGCCCUGUCGGAGCGCGCGUGCGCCUGCAGGGGGGCCGUGACUCGUCUCCGCCGGGGACAGCGGGAGCUGCGGGCUCUGGUUUCCCAGCUGGGAGCGAGUCACCAGGAGCUGAUGCGGGACCUCGCGGCGGGAAUAGAAGGCGUGGUCAGGGCCUUCCUUGAGCGGCACGCGCUCCCGGGGCGCAGAGAUCUGGACAGGGGCGCGCGGGCCGAAGGAGAGCGCGGGCCGCACCCCUGCGGGAGGAGCCGGACACGGCUGGGCGCGGCUGCAGGAGCCCACGGGCCCCUGGUGGAGGGUCGAGUGAGCGGCCCCACAAGGCGGCUGAGCCCGACCGCACGCACGGAGAGUUCCGGGGGCGCAGCCGAGGUUUCCGAGGGGCCCGGCGCUCGUGCGCACCAAGCGCCUUGGCAGGCAGAGAAGGACCCAGCACGGGGCGCUGCAGACCCCGGACCCCGGCUGUGGGGCCUGGAGCAGGAGCUCAGGCUGUGUGUCCGGCGGCUGCAGCUCCAGGUGGGGACACUGAGGUGCCAGCUCCGAGACCAGGGCACCGCCCUCGAGGACGCCCGCCAGCUGCGGAACCAGCUCCAGGGACAGCUCCAGGAGCUCCAGGAAAAGCACCACGAGGCCAGUCUGGCCGUGACACCAUUGAAGGCCAAGCUGGCGUCUCUGGUGCAGAAGUGCUGGGAGAGGAACCGUCUGAUCUCGGCGCUGCUGCGGGAGCUGCACCGACACGCGCCCGCGAGCGGCCGGCUGGAGGCGUCUGCACAGAGCAUGCUGAGUGACGCAGCCCUGGUCCAGUACACUGCUGACUUCCGGGGGCCCCGCGAGCUGCCUGCCAGCGUCAGGGAGUGA